AUGCAAGUCUUUUCAUCCAUUAUUGACUCUACUAUUGCCUCUAACCCAUUCAAGUUUCAUUGGAGGUGUAAGGAACUUGGCCUCACUCAUCUCAUCUUUGUUGAUGAUGUGAUGCUUUUCUGCCAUGGUAGCCCUCCCUCAGUCCAAUCCCUCCUCUUAGCAACAAAUAUCUUUGCUAAUGUUUCUGGUCUCCGUGUCAACCACAACAAAAGUACCGUCUUUCUUACUGGGGUGCCACCAAAUGUCGAGUCUGAAAUCCUUGACCUUGUGGGUUUUGAGAAAGGGUGCCUUCCAAUCAGAUAUCUAGGUGUGCCACUUAUAUCCACUAUGUUGAAGGCACAUGAUUGCAAAGCUCUCACUGAUAAGAUCACAUCAAGAAUUACUCACUGGACAAGCCCAGAACUUAAAAAACAUGGGGCAAAGGUUGCAUGGCACUACAUCUGCCUUCCCUCAAGGGCUGGAGGUCUUGGAAUUCCAUCUUUACAUUCAUGGAACAGAAUAGCCAUUCUUAAGCAUCUCUGGAACAUCAUCCAGGCCAAAGAAGGUAUGUUAUGGAUUAAUUGGGUUAACACAUACCUCCUUAAAGGAAGGAGUAUUUGGGAGGUUGGCAUCCCUAACCAGUGUUCAUGGACCUGGAGAAAACUUCUUCAACUCAGACCAGCCAUUAGACCCCUUGUCAAAUUCGAAAUUGGAAAUGGUAUCAAUACCAAAUUCUGGUACGACCGUUGGUCUAGUCUUGGCCCUUUACAUCUGAAAUUGCCUCCACACCAACAUAUACCCCAUUCCUUUGAUGGUAGAACCACUGUAAGCAAGUUUAUUACAGGUUCAACAUGGUCCUUUCCAAGAGCAAUCACCACACUCAUCCCUCAACUCACACAGCACAGUUCUCUCCCUAAUCCCAAUCCUGCCUUACCUGAUAGAAAGCUAUGGAUUCCUUCACCAAAUGAGUCACAUAACCACCUUUUCUUUCAAUGCUCCUUCCACUCUCCCAUUUGGACAUUCAUUCAAGCACGUUGUGGAUUCCAUGUUCGGCCAUCUUGUUGGAAUGAAUUGGUUGCUUGGGCAUCGCAUCAUUGGAAGAAGAAUGCAUCUGACUAUAGAAGUUCCAUAUCCAGACUGGCAUUUGCAGCAUUUGUAUAUAAUGUCUGGUGUGAGCGCAAUAGGCGUAUUUUCCAAAGGAAGAGAAUCUCCUCAAACUCACUGCUCUCCAGAAUCAUUGAAUCAGUUCGAUUAAAGCUGAUGGCUGAUCCUCCCAUGGAUUCCCCAGUCAACAGAAGCAUCCUCACUAAUUGGGAUAUUCCUUGGUCCAUCUUACGUCCUCCUCCUAGGCCACCGGAUUGGUCCCCAAGUAUGGUGGAACUCCACUUGCUGCUAACUGCUGUGUACCGGAACGGUGAUGGAAACUUCAUCAUGAUUGAACCCCUGUUUGUUGCUCUUUGGGCUAGUUGUCGUACUAUGGUUGUUUAUCCUUGUACCCCUAUCUUGGGCUUUUGUUAG